AUGUCCAAAGAUUCAAAUCACACCUAUGUCCAUUUCACACUAUCCCGCACAGCGGAUCUGUUCGAAGACUUCUGCAAAGACAAACUCCCCGACGAUGACAUCUACGUACCGCCACACAAUCAACCAGUAAACCCCGAAGAUGAAGACGAUGUUGUUCCAGAUCAACAUGCAGCAUUUGGGAUUCAGAGGGCGACACAAAAGACCAAAGAGCCAGCUUGGAAAGAUUUAGGAUUAGCAGAAUUGAUGAAGAAAGGUCCAGGUGGUAAAAGUGGAAGUGAAGGAGGAAACUACAAGGGCAUUAGAAGUCUUCCAAGAUAA